AUGGUUAACGUUGUAUUAGGCUCUCAAUGGGGUGAUGAAGGUAAGGGUAAACUGGUUGAUUUACUGGUUGGUAAAUAUGAUAUUGUGGCUCGUUGUGCAGGGGGUAACAAUGCCGGACAUACCAUUGUUGUAGAUGGUGUUAAGUAUGAUUUCCAUAUGUUACCAUCAGGUUUAGUCAACCCAAACUGCCAAAAUCUGUUGGGUAAUGGUGUUGUUAUUCACGUUCCAUCUUUUUUCAAAGAAUUGGAAACCUUGGAAGCUAAAGGUUUGAAGAACGCAAGAAGCAGAUUAUUUGUUUCCUCCAGAGCACAUUUAGUCUUUGACUUCCAUCAAGUGACUGACAAGCUAAGAGAAUUGGAAUUAUCAGGUCGUUCUAAAGAUGGUAAAAAUAUCGGUACUACUGGCAAAGGUAUCGGUCCAACUUAUUCUACAAAGGCUUCUAGAUCUGGUUUGAGAGUUCAUCAUUUGGUGAAUGAUCAACCAGGUGCUUGGGAGGAGUUUGUCACUAGAUAUAAGAGAUUAUUGGAAACAAGAAGACAAAGAUACGGUGAUUUCGAGUACGAUUUUGAAGCCAAACUUGCUGAAUACAAGAAAUUAAGAGAGCAAUUAAAGCCAUUCGUCGUCGACUCCGUUGUUUUCAUGCACAAUGCCAUUGAAGCAAAGAAAAAGAUAUUGGUUGAGGGUGCUAAUGCCUUGAUGUUGGAUAUUGAUUUUGGUACUUAUCCAUAUGUGACUUCUUCUAGUACUGGUAUUGGUGGUGUUCUUACCGGUUUAGGUAUUCCUCCACGUACUAUUGAUGAAAUUUAUGGUGUUGUUAAAGCCUACACAACUAGAGUUGGCGAAGGUCCUUUCCCAACAGAACAAUUAAACGAGGAGGGAGAAAAAUUGCAAACCAUUGGUGCUGAAUUCGGUGUCACUACUGGUCGUAAGCGUCGUUGCGGUUGGUUAGACUUAGUAGUCUUGAAAUACUCCACUUUGAUCAAUGGGUACACAAGCUUAAACAUUACCAAAUUAGAUGUCCUAGAUACCUUCAAAGAAAUCCCAGUGGGUAUUUCAUAUUCCAUCCGAGGUAAGAAGCUAGAUUUGUUUCCUGAAGAUUUGAAUAUUCUGGGUAAAGUUGAAGUUGAAUACAAAGUUUUGCCAGGUUGGGAUCAAGAUAUUACCAAGAUUAAAAAGUAUGAAGAUUUGCCAGAAAACGCAAAGAAGUACUUGAAAUAUAUUGAAGAUUUUGUUGGCGUUCCUGUUGAAUGGGUUGGUACUGGCCCAGCAAGAGAAAGCAUGUUGCAUAAAGAAAUUAAAUAA